CCGCAACAGUAGCAGCAGCAGCAUCAGAAGCAGCAGCAGCAGCAAAAGCAGUAGCGAUGCUGGCGACUCCUCGCAGGAAGCUUCUACGGAGAGACACUAGCGAUCCGACAUAAAAACUUCACGGUGGUCACCAUGGGCCAACGAGAUGCGACAUCCAUCAUGAAGGCACACAGCGUCUUCCUACGCCUGGUGCUGCCGCCCUACACCAUCCACUUCAAGUCGGCGGGCUACAUGAAGGAUGUCACGCUGGAAAUGCUCGACAAGAAGGUGUGCAAGGAGAUACUCCGGCGCAGCGCUAAGGAUCCUGCUGUCCGCGAAGCCAUCGGCCUCGACGCCAAAUUCUGGGAGGACUUCUGCACGCUGCUCAAGGCCGCCAUUCCCAGUCUGGAGAGGCGGAGCUUCACCAUCUGGGACCCCAGCAGCGUCGACUACGAGAGCACAAGCGGCGCGCUCAUUGCCUCGCACCACCCCGGUCUGUGGAAGGAUCUCGAACGAUUGAACGAUCUGGUCUCCAUCAGUCGGAACGUGCUGACGGUGGGCGACCGAGCCCAGGACCUCGCAGCCUCGUUCAGCAUCGAUGCUGAGGUGUUCAGACUGGUCAAUUGCUGCGUGAGAGUCACGGCAAGAGGUUACGACGGCGACGCUGACACGGGCGACGAGGAGAAGUGGCAAUGGAUUGUCAAUGGAUACAAGAAGCUUCUGAUAACGAGCCUACAGUUCUUGAACAAUUUGGUGGCACAAAAUGAGAGACGGAAGCUUAUGCUGUGGGUUUCUCUGUUCGACAAUACCACGGAGUCCGUACUGGCCCCGGAGGACGUACCCGAAACCUCUUCGGCCAGCUUGACAGACGUGCCUUCCAACCCAACUUCCAAACCUCCUCACCCGCUGAGCAGCGAAGACUUUCUUAUUGCAUAUGGCACGAACGGAGUGGAGGAGGUGUCCACUGAGGGUGCUGAACCACUAUGGGACAAUACUCCAUUCUCCGACUAUCCUUUGCCAAAGGAAGCCCUAGAAGGCAGAGAGAAGCUGGAGAGGAAGGAGCGUUUCGACGGCAAUGGCUAUGCAUUGUUCGUCAAACGAUUGAAGGACAUACAGAUUGAAGACUACCAACUGGAACGCAAGCGCGGUCCAAAUUAUGGCGAGGCGCAUCUGGAAUUUCCGCGAAGAUGGGCUGAGCUCAAUGACGAUGAUCACGAGUACUGGCAAGGUCUCUUUGACGAUGCCAUGGCAAAGUACCGACAGGACCUGGCUGUUUACGAGGCAAAAAUGAUUGCGGUGACAGAAACUCAACCUGUUCUUCGAAGUGAUGUGCCUGUCGCAGAACAGACGAGGCAGGUCGAACGUAAGAUCGCAAUGCUGGAGGAGCAGUUGGCGGAAAAGUACAAGUCGGAGAAUGCUGACAUUGCACCAUUAGAGCCGCCUAUCUAUGGUCAGGAUGGUCAUCUAACCUUCGAUAACGAGAGCCUGCAGUCUCGACCCGUGGUCGCCGACGACAUGCGUAUGCUGUUCACUGCAGAAGCUGGCACGAAGAUAUUAGAAUCGGGCAAGUCAGAGUUGAUGAAGAGAUUGGAAGGUUAUGACGCUGGUCCGAAUCCUGAUCUCAUAUCUCCUAUGUCCCCACAGAGUGGGCCAAUUGAUCCUGUAUCUUCUACGGAUCUCGCUACAAACCCGCUGCGCCAAGCGACAGAUGCGCAACUCGACUUGCAGCGAGCGUCGCGCUCUCCAAGCGCUGUCGGCUCUCAUGUGGCAGAGGAGCAUUCUAGAGAUAAUGGCCCUGCAGAGGAUGCGUUUGAUGGAAGUGUAGACGAGGAAUGUGAUGAGAAUGGAGAGGAGGAAGAAAGCCAAGAAGAGGCGGAGGAAGAAGAGGAAGAAGAUUAUCCUGGAUCGACGGAAGACGGUCGAGGUCUUCUUACUGAUGUUCCCCUCAUUCUGGGCCCUUCGGAGAUCGAAGUGCUUCCAAUGCUCAUCAUGAGCGGUAUUGUUCCACCCACUAGCCUUCCUCCAGCUUUGAGCAAUGACGAGCGAAAUGCGCUGAUGAACAUGCACACUGUUCGCACGCACCUUCUGCUGUCGCAGAGCAACGGUCGUAACCUUUUACGGGAGCUCCUCAUCUUUGUUGCAGCAUGGGACCUUCGCGAAGAGGAAUUAUAUUUCAAGUUCAUGGUGAAGAUCAUGGAAGCCAUCUUGAAGAAUGGCUUGAUGCCUUAUGCAUAUCACGCCUUUCGAGACCGUUCGCGGUCGAAAGAUAUUAUCAGUCCGGCUCAGGCAGUGAUCAUGAAGCUGUUGACAUGCAUCUUCCGCGCACGGGGCGACGCAGCCAAACAUGCGGUGGCCACCAAUGCACAGAAUAAGACAAAUCAGGCGACCGGGCACACGCUCACACACGCUGUGGUGCCAUCCCACGCCAGGAACAACGGAUCGGCGCCACCCAACAUGCCAUCCAGAGUCGACCUACACAUUCUGAAUUUCAUAUUCACCGAAUUCCGCCAACACAUUAUCCCACAAACGUGUGCCCUCAUAUUUUUGCAGGGACAGAUACAUGCGGGGCGAGCUAGUCCAGAAGACUUUCCACUCAACUUAUGGGACAUGGAACGCAUGUACGAGGGUGUCUAUCAAUAUCUCGAGUUCUUUGCUGUGCUCACCGAGGAAGGCGUAUGGAAGGGCAUCCUUGGCGAGUGGGAGAUGGCGAGUGAGCUCGUGACGCUGCUGAGAGAGCUCGAAGGUGGCAUACCCAAGAUGGGGUCCGUCGUUCCACAGGUUCCUCGACGUGUUUCGAGCCACCCUCCUCAAAGAGCCAUGUCCGUCGAUGCAGGCACCAUGCAUCACAGUUCAAGGAUGGCAUCUCAGUCGGCACAAGGACAUUACGCUCCACCGGGCUCUCCCGCACCAGCACCUACCCUCGCACACCCUCCCACCCAGGCGCCAGUCGCAGUCGAGAGGCCAUUCGACGUAGCUUCUCAGGAUACGACAUUGCCACCCUUACCUCUACAUCCUCCUAUAAAUGGUGCCGGUCCAGCCUUCGAGCCUGAGACACCAAUGGCUUAUCCCGAAGACAAUCUGCCCUCCAUGGCGCAAGAAUUGCAGCAUGACCAGGAUGAGCCUAGCGACUUCGAGUGGCGCAACCUCAAGAAGCUUACGGUUCUAGUACUUUCGUCGCUAAUAUGGAAGAACAGAACAGUGCAAGACCAAGUUCGCCGGUAUGGUGGGCUGGAAGCUUUGGUGGGCUGUUGUAGAGCUGAUGAGCACAAUCCGUACAUCAGAGAACAUGCUAUCAUGUGUCUCAGAUUUGCCGUGGAAGGCUGCGAAGAAAAUUCGAGGGUCAUCAAGCAAAUGGCUGCAUCUCAGGCGCCCAAGCCUGUCGAAGGCGGCCAGGUCACUCUCCCGAAUAAGACAGAGGCGCCCAGCGAGAUACCUAGCGAGAUACCCAGCGAGAUCCUCGACACAUCAGGCUAUGAGUCUUUUAUGGACAACAAAGGACAAGUUGGACUGCGGCGCAAAGAGGCCACGAGUCAUCCUGCUGCUCAUGGCCCUCCAGCUGCGUCUUCUAGCAACUCAGGCAUGUCCAGUGCGGGUGUACAGAAACCACGUUUGAGUAAUACCAAGCUCACUGCUGAGAGGGCGGCUGAGCUGAUGAGUAGUGCCUUGAGUAGCCUACCUCUGGGUGAUCGAAUGGUAACUGACAAGCAGAAGGCGGAAGCACUUGCCAAGCUGGAUCGGGCGUUUGAAAGCACUGAGCGUGUGCUUGGUAGAGGGAGGAGAAGCUAGAGCACCAGCAUCCUGUGCAAGAGAUGUAUGGUUAGAAGAGCAGGAGUGUUAUGGCAAGGUCAGGCAAUGGCCGUGUCAAGAAUUGCAGACAUCGUGAGAUAUACGAGCAGGUCAGCUGGCAAUUGCGACGACGCGAAGCUACGACAGUAUACCAACAACAGCCAGUGGCGAUAGGCACUAUGUAAUAGCGCCAACAGGUGAAUGAAAUGUAGAUGAAGCGUUGCUGCGUCUAGAAUUCCGUCCCGAUAUAGGACAUUGUCAUUCACUAGUAGGAGGUAGUUCUAGCGUCGUUUGUGGGACCCAUGGCGGGCGUGUGCGGGGCAACGAGAGUUCCCAGUUCCCAGAGUUAA